AAUAAUUGAAAGUUAAUAAAUUAAGAAUCAAGUUAAAAUAUUUGAGCAACCAGUUCUCGGUUCGUGCGUGUUUACUUUUACUGUUGUUUUGUGAAAUUUUAAUUCUUUUGUAUGGCAAAUUGUUGAAUGGCGGCCACUGUUGGCCCCAAAAGGCACACCGUGAACGGAAUAAGAGCCAAUCUCAAUCCCAAUCCCAAUCAUAGUCAUAAUCACAACAACAGCGGUCAUUUAAAUAGUCAUCAAAGCAGUACAAACGCCAACGUCAACAACUGCUUUAGCAAUACCUCCAAUUCUCAACAAUUUGGUCAUAGAGCAGCAGUGCCCGUUGUUGCUGUUGCUCCUACGUCGCGUUCUCGUCCGCGUAUUUCAAUGAGCGUAUCAAUGUCACUAGUACAGGGAGGAGCUGCUGGCGGUGCCCCACAAGGUGCCAUUUUAGCUGCUGCAGCACCAUAUUAUCAACCGCCAGCUGUGCCACAGGAUGUACAGCCGGAUCGUCCCAUUGGCUAUGGCGCCUUCGGAGUAGUAUGGGCAGUCACAGAUCCACGCGAUGGACGACGCGUCGCACUCAAAAAGCUUCCAAAUGUCUUUCAGUCGCUGGUCUCAUCGAAACGAGUUUUCCGUGAAUUGAAAAUGCUCUGCUUUUUCAAGCAUGAAAAUGUACUCUCAGCAUUGGACAUUUUACAACCACCUCAUUUGGAUUUCUUCCAAGAAAUAUAUGUGAUAACCGAACUUCUUCAGUCAGAUCUCCAUAAGAUAAUCGUCUCGCCACAACAUCUCUCCGCCGAUCACAUUAAAGUGUUCCUCUACCAAAUAUUGCGCGGUCUGAAGUAUCUGCAUUCGGCGCGCAUACUCCAUCGUGACAUCAAGCCCGGCAAUCUGCUGGUCAAUUCGAAUUGUGUGCUGAAAAUAUGCGAUUUCGGUUUGGCGCGCGUCGAGGAGCCCGAUCAGGCCAAACAUAUGACACAAGAGGUCGUCACACAAUAUUAUCGUGCACCGGAAAUUUUAAUGGGUGCACGCCAUUACUCGUCGGCGGUGGAUGUUUGGUCGGUAGGUUGCAUUUUCGGUGAACUGCUCGGUCGUCGCAUUCUCUUUCAGGCACAGAAUCCCGUACAACAGCUGGAGCUGAUCACCGAGCUGCUGGGCACACCAUCCAUGGAGGAUAUGCGUCACGCCUGCGAUGGCGCCCGCUCACAUAUGCUGCGUCGCGCACCCAAGCUGCCAUCAUUUUCGGCGUUGUACACGCUCAGUUCGCAUGCGACGCACGAGGCGGUGCAUCUGCUGUGUCAAAUGCUUGUCUUCGAUCCGGAUAAGCGCAUCACAGUGACGGAUGCUCUGGCGCAUCCCUAUCUGGACGAGGGGCGUCUACGUUAUCACUCGUGCAUGUGCAAAUGCUGUUUCACUACCUCGGCCGGUAUGCGUCAAUACACGCCCGAUUUUGAGCCAUCAGCUGGUCAGCCAUUCGAUGAUCUGUGGGAGCGUAAAUUGACAUCGGUGCAGCAAGUUAAAGAGGAAAUGCACAAAUUCAUAGCGGAGCAACUGCAAACGGGACGCGUGCCACUUUGUAUAAAUCCGCAAAGUGCGGCCUUCAAAAGUUUUGCUAGAUACGUUGAGCAAGUUAGGAAAUUGCGGAAAGAGCGCAACAUGCGAAAUCCCAUCGGCAUAACGCUCAUGCAACAGCUGGAGAUCGAUCGACGUCAACAACAGCAACUUGAUCUUGAUGCGGCGCUUAAGUCCAUUAUGUAUACGCCGUCAUCGUUAGCGGACUCACCACCACCCAUUGCGAGCAAUGCAAGCACACCGUCCUGCAUCAAAUUGCCCAGCUUCAGUUCAUUCGACUAUAGUACACCGCCAACACAUAAGAAGCCCGUGUCUCCGCUGAUGGACUCAUUCGAUUUCACGCUAAAUCUGACCUUGUGCUGGCAGAGCGAAGAUGAAGGAACGGAUUCUGCCGAUGAGUCCACGGGUAGUGGCUCGUGAUUGCCAAUCGGUUGUGUGUGUGUGUGUUUGUGCGUUUUAAUGACAUUUAUGCCAUUGCAACAUCUUGAAUGACAACACAGCGCGUCUAGUGCAACUAUGAACUCGUCGAGCACAACAACAACAUUUUUAUUUACAUUGUAUUGUUUGAAGCGGCGUUGCAGCUCAGCAAAUUAGCAACAACAAGAAAUUUAUUCAACCACUAUCUGUCUGCAUACAACAAAUGAAAUCUCUGAAUUAGUUCAACUGUAGCGCAUCCUUCCGAAUUGCCGCCAUCGCCGCACCAAUGGGAAUGACGGCAAAAUGAGGCCAUAGCCGCCUAAAAGUAGAUACUAAUUAACUACAAAUAAUAAAUACAACAAAAACAACAACAACAAAACAGCCAACAAUACCACCCAUCUUAACCAAAUUCUUUUCAUUUAAAUUUAAUUAAUGUAAACACAAAAGCAACAAAGAAAAGCUGCGAAAAUUAAGGAUAGCCAAUAUGAGCAGGAGGCUGGCAGCAGCGGAUGCAGCUGGAACAACAGCAACGCAGUAAGAUCGAUUAGAGCGAGAUAUGCAGCAGCAGCAGCGACAGAGAACCAGAGAGUGACAGCGACAAAUAUAAUUAUAAUUAUAAUAAAAUAAUGUUAAUAGACUCGUAAUAUUUAAGGAUAAAGCAACGAUUUUAAUUUUUAAGUUCAAUGUGCACCAGCAUACGAAGAAUAUGCAACUAAGAGGGAUGCAACACUUUCGAGAAAGUGCAACAAAGCAGGAAAACACAAGCGAGGCGCGGAGAGGCGGAAAAAGAACAGCGCACGAUACUGACUAUUAGGAAUAUAAAUGUAAAUUAAAUGGAAUGUCUAAGGGGCAACAUGAUAAAUAAGAAGAAGAACAACAAGUUAUAGGGGAAAAUAAAUAUGAUAAAUUAGAAGCAGAAGUGAAUGGCGAGGAGAAACACACUAAUCAUUCCAUCACCACCGAGCAAACACAAAACAAAGCAAACACAAUGCGAGCGGGCAACAAGAUUCCUGCACGUAACAGACGAUGUGAGGCGAGUAACGGGACAAGACGAGUGAACCGAACGUUUAGAGCAACACUAGUCGUCAAAGAGGGAAGCGGGAUUGAUAGAAAAAUAAUAUUAAAUGUAGCAACAACAUUUGCAGCGAACAACAGAGCAGCAUGAAAAGCGCUGCCGAAGAUACUGGAAGCACGAAGGAGCUGCUUGCAGUUAAAAGGUGGCAAUACGGUGUGUCAGCACACUUGUGCGGCCAGAAAAUGCAGUCAGGGCGACUGCACAACUUAGAUGCAACGUGGAAGAAAAGCGUAGACAAAUAUAAGGGAGAUAAAGGCAACACUUGCGCUCCUGCGGUCUGCGCGAGCCACGCACGAAUCGAAGCAGUUAAAAGAGGUUGCAGAAUAUGAAAAAGAAAGAAG